UCACGUCGCCACGCCCACCUUGAUUAUUUGUGUCCUUUAACUCCAAUCAUCCUAAAAGGCUGUCCAGUAAUGGAAUUCACUUUUGAUCCUGCGUAUUGAUGGUGGAAACACAUGCAUAAUGCACCAGAUUGACAAAUACAGGUAAUUUUCUCCUAUGAGUAUAAAGUAUUUAACCAAUACUCUAGUGUAGUUCUGAAUAUCAGACUAAUAAACUUCAUGGGGACAUUUCUUGGACAUCUAGUACCUGGCUUGGCCUUAGCUCUCCUUGGUUUUUGGCAUACAAUUAGCACUAUUAGAGCCAACUUUCAAAAUGGAUCUACAAAAUUCAGAUCAAGAUUUUGGUACCCUUUCAAGAGUCCCCUAAUUCCCACUCUACAACACCUUGAUCUCAUUCUUGUCUUGUCCUUCUCCAUAUUUUGCAUAGUUAUCCAGUUCAUAGACUUCCCUAAUUCUCUUCACUUAUCAUUCAAGCUUCAUAACAUUGAACAUGCCACCAUGUUCUUAAACUUGACCAUAUUCGCGUGUUUUACUCUUCUUGCUGAGAUAAGUAACUUACCUGAGAUCCUACAUGGGAUCUUAGGCAUACUUGCUACAUCUAUUUUUGGUCAGGAGCUUUUCUUACUUCAUUAUCAUUCAACUGAUCACGUUGGACUUGAAGGCCAUUACCACUGGCUAUUGCAACUCGUCGUGUGUAUUUCCCUUAUGUCAGCUCUUGUUGUCACUUGCUGCCCUUCUUGUUUUCCCGCAGCACUUCUUCUCUCAAUUUCAGUAGUGUUCCAAGGUGUUUGGUUCAUGAACAUGGGAUUCAACCUAUGGUUUCCACACUUUGUUCCACAAGGAUGCGUUGUGCAAUCAAGUGAAGCGGUUAUGUGUCAAACGAAUGAAGCUGAUUUAAGGGCCCGGGCUAUGGCGAACUUGCAGUUUAGUUGGGUACUUGCAGCUAUCUUGAUCCUUGUCGCUGGUAUUUCCGUUAUCUUUGCAAGAAAUCGAGCAGAUAGGACACUGUUGUCUAAGUAUGAGAAGCUUCAGAGUAAGGGCAGAGACAUCCCUGUAACAAUUAAUUGCUUGAAGUAAACUACGGAAUAAAGGAAUGUACAUUAGGCAUCAAAAUGCCAACUUAAAUAAACUUCAAUAUAUGUGUCUGAGGACAAGUUCUGGGGUGUCUUCUUGCCUAGAGAUAUUGGUACUAGUUCUGUGUAUUGCAGUCACUAGACUGCCAAACCAUAGUUUAUCAAUUGAACUAAAGUUAACUUAGUUA